CACUAAUUCCGUCGUUUCGAUUCACGAGUUAUCGCUCUUGAAUGCAGGUAUAAACACUUCCGGUAGAAUUGAAAGUAAGCCUAAAGUCAAAUCCCCGCUAUUAUUUGAACCAAACAUUAUGCAUUUAGAUAGUAAAACAACGAUAGAAGAUAUUCUUAAUUACAAGAAAACCGAUAUUCAGUCGUAUUUAAAGAGUAAAAGUAAAAAAAUAAGCGGCACGAAGCUUGAACUAGCGAGAAGAGCGUACGAAACAAACAAGGAUGACGAUGUAAAUAUUAAGUCUGUUGUCAAUUCUGAGCCGAAUCUAGUCGAUGAAAAAAUAGUUUCAAUAGACUCUUUAAAAACCGGCUGGACUUCUGAAAUACAAUUAAUUCCAAAAAUAUCUCACAAUGAUGUUGAAAAUUACCUAUUACACAGCAGUCACCGGACGGAAGACAAGGAAAAGAUGGAGUGUUAUCGUCAAUUUAUCAGAGGUUUUAACUUUUUUAAGGAAGGAUACGUACAAAAAAUAAUGAUUAACUUAAUUUCCGAAGAAAGCAAAUUUGGCUAUAUCCGUUCGAAAUGCAGCCCAUCUAUGAAACAGGGAAUGUACAACCAAUGGAUAUUAGUUUCACGAGAUUCUCCAUGCACUAUAACAAAGGCAUAUUGCUCGUGUCCUGCAGGACUUGGUGAGGGGUGCACCCAUAUUGCAGGCCUUCUCUUUUCCCUGGAUAAUAUAAACACAGCAGACAAAAAUGAAGAGCCAUGUACAUCAAAGCCCUGCGAGUGGUCAAAGCCAAGCAAGAGAAAGCGAGAGGCGGACAUGGUGAAAAACAUUCAAUUCAAAAAACUUAAAUAUGGUAAAGAACCUUCAGAAAAAUCAAGAUGUGAAUUCCCCCCUCCUGUACCAAAUGAUUCUUUCAGAACACAAUUGUGUUGUAAGCUGAGCAACAUCAAUUCAAAUGCUGUUUUAUUGCAAAUGAUAACACCUGAAAAAAACUGUGAAGUUCAUAGCGAUUUAAAUGUUGCUCGAUUUGAAGAGGUGGAAACCCCUGAAUACAUAAGUUACAAGUCUGACAAAUACAUUGAUAUUAAAGAGUUGAUAAGCCCCUGUUCAACAGCUAAGGAAGCAAUAGAAGCAAUAUCUAAUGUAUCUCUUGACAUAAUUAAAGAGUUAGAAAUUAGAACACGUGGUCAAAAUCAAAAUGAAAUGUGGAAAACUGCAAGAAAAUGCAGAAUAACUAGUUCCAACUUUCAUGAUGUAUAUGUCCGUAAGGAUUCAACAUCCCCUGAAAAACUAAUCGAAAAAUUUGUUGGAAAAGGUCAUGACUCCAUAGAUACCCCAGCAUUAAGGUGGGGAAGAAAAUAUGAACCAAUUGCUCGAAAAAGAUACAUAGCACAUAAAAAACUUUUUAACAAACAGAAAGUAAAUGUAGUCGACUGUGGUUUGUUCCUAAGUGAGCAUCAUGCAUAUCUGGGAUCAAGUCCUGAUGGUAUUGUGUAUUGUGAUAAAAAAGAUUCAAGGAAAUUAUUAGAAAUAAAAUGUCCAUACAGUGUUAGGGAAAAAACAAUUAUUGAAGCUUGCAAAUUGAGUGGCUUUUGCUGUAUAUAUGAUGAAGAUACAAAUGAAAUAUCAUUAAAGUCUACACACCGAUAUUACAGUCAGGUGCAAGGUCAAAUGGCCAUUUGCAAAAUUGAUACAUGUGAUUUUGUCUUGUUCACUAAAAAAGACUUUAAAAUAGUUGAGGUCUCCUUUGAUGCAGAUUAUUGGGAUAAAUUAAAGAAGAAACUUUAUGAGUUUUAUAUUGACAACAUGAUUCCUUCAUUACUCUCUUGAGCCUGGAGGAUGUAUUAA